AUUUGUCAACAUUGUUAUAGCAGUCUAUGGAGCUUUUGCCGAAAUUUUUGAUCACACAAAUAUAUCGCAAGAUUCGUAUAAGGAAUUUGGUUUGGUUGUUGAUGGGUUAUAUUGUUCAAUUCUUCUAUUUAUUUUUUGUGACUGUUCCCAUAAUGCUACGCUAUGUGUAGCUAAGGGCAUUCAAAAUGUGUUGCUUAAAAUCGAUGUUCGACAGAUUAAUACAAAAGCAAAGAGUGAAAUUGAUCUGUUUAUAUUUGCAAUAGAAAUGAAUCCAGCAAUUGUAAGUUUAAAGGGCUAUGUCAACGUUAAUCGCGAGCUUCUAACUUCGAAAAAUUAUUGUUGUAGUUUUUGAAGUAAAACUUCUUUACGCUCUUGGAGAGUAAACUGAUAAAUGCGUAACGAAAAGUGUGAUCGGGCGAGGCGAACGGAAGUUGAAAGGGAGAUAUAACUUAGUGAAGAUGAAAAGAGAGAGGGUUAGAAACGACAAACGGCAAGCAACAAAAACUUAAUUUAAACCUAGUGAGAUCCAAUCAACCAAUAAUGAAUCACGAAUUUAACUAAAAUUAUCAAAUUAGCAGUCCAGUACUUGGACCUUCGGAAAUUAUGCGGAAGCAACACGGCGAUGAAGAGAGAAAAUAAAACGUUGAUAAAUCAUCAAUAAAAAAUCUGGAGUUCAACGCGUACGAGAAUAUCUGGAGCGAAACAAAUUUUAGAGCAAAGAAAAUACUGUUGGAGCAUAUCCAUAUAUCUAACUAGAAGAGGGAAAUCACAAUCACAGCAACAAAUUGAAACGCCAGAACGCUUGCGAGAAUAUCUUGAGAGAAGAAAUGAUAAUCUCAACACCGAAUCGUAUAUAAGUUUUGUUGUUGAUAAAAAAGUUUUAGAUUCAUAUUUUAAGUUUUCUGUUAAUAGUAAUAAUCCGUCGGGAAAUAAUGAAGAACAAUCAGACCUCCGUUUCAACUUUGACUUAUUGGUAUUGGUAGUUACCGUACGAAAUUGCUUUCGUUGUGUACAAAUUGAUGUAUCUGAUGGCUUUUCAAACGGUGCAGUUUGUAAAUUAGUACAUAUUGAACUAAAUGAAGUUAAGUAAGUGUGGUAAACUUUUGCGAAUUCAUGAAAAGUUGGUGAAAAACUUCCACGAAAAGCUGCCGGUUACGUUGCGACACAAAAUAUUGAUAAAAAUUCCGUCCCAAUGGAUGCAGAACAUCUACCAUUGCCAUGAAUGAUAAAAUGACAAUUCAUAAAUCACAAGGCACAACAUAAUUAUUUGAUAAAUAUCAAAGGAGUCAUUCUCUACGAUUACUAUAUGUUGCUCUAUCAGAAGUUACCAGUAUUGAAGGACUGUACAUAGUGCCUAAAGACAUUGAUGAUAAAUUUGAUCAUGGUCGAAAAAAUUAUACAUCGAUCAUAUUUGUACAAAAUGAAUUUCGUCAAUUAUCGUUGAACACAUUGUCAACAAUAGGAAGAAUGAUUAUUGAUUUCAUGAAUGACAGAAAGAAGUUGUCCAUGGUUAUUUACUGCCAAAGUCUCAGUAAACACUUGUCAGGCUUAAGCGAUUCCGUAAUUGCUUCAAGUAAUAUUUUAUGUCUCUCAGAUUCCUGAUCAAAUGACGAUGCAAAUGUUGACAUCCCGAAUUUUGAUUGUAUUGCGAAACUAAAGCGUAACAAUAUUAGAUCAGCAGGAGUGGCAACUUAUCAGAUAUCAAACGAUACAUCGAAUAUAGUAACUUCGAGCAUGGACAUUUAUUACGAUAUAUUCGUGAAGUCGAUGUUGGUCAAUCAUCAAUUGAUGAUAUAUGUGCUGUUCACUGUGUUUUGGACGAUGGAACAAUCAUCUUAAUGGUAGUUUUUUACAUUUUGGCAAAUAACACAGUUAAUAAUAUUAUUAAGUUUUAUAAAAAAGGCUUAUGAUUUACGGUCAAGUAGGCUCUCAAGAAUUAAGAGAAAACUAUCAUACGUUGCUACUAAUUUUAGCAGGAAAUUUCAAAUUUCGCGGCAGAAGAUAGACAACUCUUGCUAAACUUUCUAAAAGAUAAAUUAUAACUACAAAUGAACAAUAACCGAAAUGAGCCUUCCACAAGACAUGGAAUAACAAUCGAUGCAGUUUUCUCAAGAUAUCUUUAUAAUUUUCAUUCGAAAAUAUAUGUAUCUUAUUUGUUAUACUAUAAGCCUGUUGUCUCGAUCUUACAAUCAACCACAGUAAUUACUGAUGUAUCCGAAAAUAAAAGUAAUGAAUAAAAAGAAAUAAUUAUUAUAAUCAAUUAUAAUAUAUUAAUUUAUCAUUAAAAACCCAGAAUAAAUGAAAACAUAUGUCUAUGUAUGUAUCGGGUUUUCCAAUAGGGAUGGUAUGAUUUCUUAGUAUCGCUUUUUAAUAAAAUAUGUCAUGAUCAGUAAUUUUCAUUAUGGAAAGAUAUACGCA